AAGUGUGCAACUGGUAUGAGGAAGUUGUGGUCAGAUCUGGGCAGCUGGGAGGGUAAGGCUUAGGGGUGUGGUGGUUAUAAGAAAGAGUUAGGGGAAAAAGAAGUCAAAGAGAUUUAGGAAGCACAUACACCAGCAGAGGUCAAUCAUGUUUCACAGCAAGAUGAAGACAAACAGCAUUGUUCCAGACACUAGCCAUGCUAACUACGGACACAUGAGAAAAACUGUGUCUCACAGUAAUAACUUGAACCACAGAGUCAAAAACAGAGACAACGGUGUCCCAAAGCAACCAGAACCAGCUGUAAAACACAACCAAGAGCACAGAGAGCGCCACAUGUUGGCAGUGUCCACCAACCGUGUGCAACCUAGGGGUCAUCAACGUUGCCGGUCGGCUGACUUUUGCCAGUUGAGGACCUCGUCUCUUAUUUUGGUGAAGAAAAACAAGAAAGAGCCUCAACUUCCUGAGAGAGGAGCAUCGCUGCGUCUCCCUCCCACAACAUCCUUUUCAUCAUUCAAACGCUACUCCUGUCCUCCGUUGGACAUCUCUAGCAUGCCAUGCGAGUCUCUGUCCUCCUCUUCCCGGUCCUCCAGCUCCUCCAACUGCCUGUGUUACUCCUCUCCUCCUCCCCUACCGACGACAGUCAUCACCGGCCAUGACCCUGAAGGCUGGAAACUGCGACUCAAGCCCACUUCCACCUCCUACAGGGCCCACACUAGGAGGCUGUCUUUGCAGAUCCCACUGCCUGUCGUACCUUCUGAGCCCACACCUAUUUCCACCUCAACCUCCAAACCAGACCAUCAUCUGAGAGAAGAGGCUGAAGGGAAAACCAAACCACCUUUAAAGCCUAAACCUGUCCAUCGGCACUACUCAGACUCAGCCGUGGUCAGACCUCUUCCUGCGCUGACGCUCGCGGAGCUCCGUGCUGUGUGUCUGCGUCCAGUCACUCAUUCACAAGAGUCUGACAGCGUCUUCAGUGAGCCGCCCGUGGAGGACAUGAAGGAGAAAACUCUGCAGAGAAAAAUACCACCUCCUGUUCCAGAGAAAACCCUCAUGGCCAGACAAAUUGCCCGACUGAUGGCACUCGCACACAGGUGCCGCACGAUUAUUUCAGACAUGACUGAAGGAGAAAACAUCUACAGCACAGUGACCAAGCCUAAACUCAGACGACCACCUCUGGUUAAGGACCCUGGUGAUCUAAGGACCAUAAAAUCAGAGCCACGUCCUGAGAACAGUUGCACCGUUGGCUUCUCUUGCAGAGAACUGUGAGAGACGACCCAGUAACCGACACUCGUGGCUCCAGUCAAGGCUCCUCUGCUGCUACUACAGCAGCAAUAACAAUGAAGAAUUAUCGUCCAACAUGCUGCUGUGUUGUUUUUGUCGUUCUGCCUCUGCUGACUCUCUAAAUGGUUGUUGUGUAAAAAUGUGACUCAGCUCUUUUCAAAUGUGAUGUGGGCUGGUGUGUAGGAAGAAUACAAGUGUGCAGAUGGAGCAGUUCCUGGUGAUGGAGACCAUAAAUUACUGCAAUUUACUUUUUUACUCCAGCCUGUACAGUACAGUGUGUAAACUUUGUUCUGUUUGUCUUUGUGACCGUACGUUUUCACUGUUGGGCCUCGAACCCCCGACAUUUGGCCCCUGACUGGGUUUAAAUGUCGCCCUUGAGGUAUAUCUUCAUUAUUUACUUCCAAUGGUGUUGAUUAUUAUUACUUUUUAAUAGCUUUAACGGGUUAUAUAAAUAUAUAUAAACAUGUACAUUUCCUGUUUUCUUUUGUUGCCCUCAUUUGAGUUUGAGACCCUUGGUCUACAGUUGAUACGAGUAUAAACAGCCGUGUUUUUUUACUUUGUACAAUUAUUUUAACCUCCUGGAAAACAAACUGGUCAGCAUUUGUAUUGCUUACUUAUUUCAAACUCUCUCUGAUUGGUGAGUAAUAUAUUUUAUAUUGUAGAUGUGUUUUUAUGUUAUUUUGCUUUUUUUACUGUUAACAGAUUUUCUCAGCUAACCUUCAUUUUACGAUAGUUUUCUGCCGAGUCAUUUCUAAUCAGUUUUGUUCAUUUUCAGCUUAUCCUACAAGUUGCCUAUUUAGAAAUAAAGUUUUUUUUUUUUC